UCAGACUGCCAAUAGCUCUAGAUUCACAGAUAUUAAUGAGGGAUAUCUACAAACUAGAUACCUGUGGGUACUUCUAUAGCCUACAGAUUAUUAACAGUCAUGCAAAGGUGCAGAGUCAUUCCCACCUCCUGUAGUGUUCAGGGAAUAUGAGUGACAUUUGGACUCGCAAACAAAAGAAGGCAGGGGCAUAUCUCUGUGUUUCUGUGGUUCCUUGUUGAGACAGUGAGGCUGUCAGGUUCUUGCGUGAGCACCGACAGGCUUUUAUGAAUAGUUCAUGACCCAGAUAUUAAAGAGGAGCCUGAAACCACUUCUUGGACGUCUCAUGAAUGUCGGAAAGUAUCUUUUGGAGGUUUAGAAGAUCAGGGGCAAGGCUGCUCACAUUUGCCGCCAUCAAACAAAGCCAGGCUUCACUUGGAGACAGAAUCGCACCUUGUGCAGAGAUCAGCCCACGAAAGGAUCCCGUCGUCCUCCUCCUUCCCUGUGCUCAGUCUCCAGCUGUCUCCCGUUCUGUGACGAUGGCUCAGUGGAAGAGACUCUGCUGGCAGCAUUACUUGUGGGCCCUGGGCUGUUACAUGCUGCUGGCCAUUGUGGCUCUGAAACUCUCUCUCAGGUUGAAGUGUGACCCUGACCACUUGGGUCUGGAGUUCAGAGAAUUUCAAAGCCAGUACUGUAGGAAUAUCUUGUACAACUCCCUGAAGCUGCCAGCAAACAGGUCCAUCAACUGUUCGGGGGUCACCCGAGGGGACCAAGAAGCGGUGUUGCAGGCUAUUCUGAGUAACCUGGAGGUCGGGAAGAAGCGGGAGCCUUUCAGCGACACGCACUACCUGUCCGUCACCAGAGACUGUGAGCGCUUUAAGGCUGAAAGGAAGUUCAUACCGUUCCCGCUGAGCAGAGAGGAGGCGGAGUUCCCUAUCGCAUACUCCAUGGUGAUUCAUGAGAAGAUUGAAAACUUCGAGAGGCUCCUGCGCGCGGUGUAUGCCCCUCAGAACAUAUACUGCAUCCACGUGGAUGAGAAGUCCCCAGAAACUUUCAAAAAGGCAGUCAAAGCAAUGACCUCGUGCUUCCCAAACGUCUUCAUAGCCAGUAAGCUGGUUCGGGUGGUUUAUGCCUCCUGGUCCAGGGUGCAAGCUGACCUCAACUGCAUGGAAGACUUGCUCCGGAGCUCCGUGCGAUGGAAAUACUUCCUGAAUACAUGUGGGACGGACUUUCCUAUAAAGAGCAACGCAGAGAUGGUCCAGGCUCUCAGGAUGCUGAAUGGGAGGAAUAGCAUGGAGUCAGAGGUGCCUACUGAGUUCAAAGAAAACCGCUGGAAAUACCACUUUGAGGUAGUGAGAGACCGGUUACACGUAACUGGAAAGAAGAAGGAUCCUCCCCCUUUUAACGUAACCAUGUUCACAGGGAAUGCAUAUAUUGUGGCUUCCCGAGAUUUUGUCCAACAUGUUUUGAAGAAUCCUAAAUCCCAACAACUGAUUGAAUGGGUAAAAGACACCUACAGCCCCGAUGAACACCUCUGGGCCACCCUUCAGCGUGCACGGUGGAUGCCGGGCUCUGUUCCCCACCACCGCAAGUACGACAUCUCAGACAUGAUUUCUAUUGCCAGGCUGGUCAAGUGGCAGGGUCACGAGGGAGACAUCAGUCAGGGUGCCCCUUACGGCCCUUGCUCUGGAAUCCACCAGCGGGCGAUCUGUGUGUAUGGGGCCGGGGACUUGCACUGGAUUCUUCAAAACCAUCACCUGUUGGCCAACAAGUUUGACCCAAAGGUAGACGACAGUGCUCUUCAGUGCUUGGAAGAGUACCUGCGUUAUAAGACCUUCUAUGGGACUGCACUUUGAGACGCACUGUGAGAGCAUUGCUACCUGUGGGGCAAGAGCACGUGCAAACAUGCCGAGAACUUGCUGGGACAGGGUGGGUGGGAGACCAGGGCAUUGCAGUCCAUGGCAUCCCCUAGGAUAAGUGGGCUGCUAUGAGAGGGUGGGUAAGUAGAUCUGUUGCCUUGUAAAUUGCUGCCUGGGUGAAUGGUGCUGCUUCUCCCACCCCUAGCUCUAGCACGUCCUCCAUUGUCCUUACCGAGUGAGAAUGAGAACUGCUGUGAUUUGGGAAAGUGAAGGGGGGAUGUGUGAUAGGGAACUGGAUUUCGGCUUUUCCAUUCUGUGGAGCUGCUGUUCCUCAUAAUUCUAGGUUUGGUAGCAUGGAGAACGUUGAUGGAAAGAGAGCCUCCCUUUUGUACUGUUAACUUAAAAGCAAAUAAAUCCUGAUUCA